CGUGAGGAAGCUAAUGAAGAAGCGAUCACGAGGGGCUGUGUCGGCUAGAUGCGCAGUUCGUCACGGCAGUCAGGAUUCUGAUCAAGCCGGCCACUCGACAUGUCGAAACCCGAGUUCUUGGUCGCAGAGGCGGAGCUCGCCAUCGGAGAAGCACGACGCGCGAAAUCGGAGCGCACGAAGCAUCUCGGCGAGCCGAUCCAGCUGCAAGGCAAGGCCCUCGACCUCAAGAUACGCGGAGGGCACGCGUGGAUCGCGGAGAAUACGGCUGUCGCGCGCAAGAUAGACCUGCAGACCGGGAAGACGCUCGCGUUGUUCAAGGGUCAUUCGGGUCCUGUCACCGCCAUUGACUUUUUCGAGAACGUCGUGAUCAGUGGUUCGUGGGACAAGACGAUCAAACUCUGGAAUGCCGAUACGAGAGAGCUCAUUUCUUCGACGGACGCGCACUCCGACUUUCUCAAAUGCUUCCUUGUUCUGCCUUCCCUGAAGUUGCUCGUCUCGGGUGGCUCGGACAAGAUCGUCCGGUUCUGGGAUCUUUCCGAUAUCCAGUCUGGUAAACCGCUCACGAGCGUCGGGUCGAUAUCAUCCCAUACAAGGCCCAUCUCAUGCCUUGACGGGUUUGCGCUCUCUGACUCCAGUGCCACGCUAUACACGGCAGACAGCAUGGGUGUCGUCAGGAUCUGGGAACUGACGCGCGAGACCGGCGACGCGCCCCGGUGGAAAAGCGUCCUGAAGACAGACCUGACCCAUCACCGGACUGGAAUCAACCAGCUGCUGUUUGGGAACGGCCAGCUAUGGACAGCAUCCUCGGACGACACGGCCCAACUGCUGGCGGAUCCUAGAAAAGCUGCUGUUUCCAUCCCUCACCCAAAGGCUGUGCGAGCCAUCCUUCCGCUGCAGCUGACUGAGCUGGGGGAGCCGUACGUGCUCACAGGAGCGGGGGAUGUCAUUUACGUCUACGAUGUCUCGACUCCCGAGACACCAGAACUCAUCAACCAGGUCGACGUACACUGGCAUGACGUCACGGACCUGCUCAUCUGGGCCCGGGAAAGCGUGAACCCAGACACCCAGACACGGUCCGUCGAGCCAUGGGUAGUUAGCACGAGUCUAGAUGGCACUAUCCGGAAAUGGAAGCUAGAUGAACUGCUCACCCCGGCGCCAAAGAAACUCGAGCCAGCAAAACCGCCCUCAGAAAAGAAUUCUGGAUUCGACAUGACGGAAGACGAGGAAAGAGAGCUUGCGGAGCUAAUGGAUGAGUCGGACUAGGUCCGGGCAGAGUCCCAUCCGGGAAAGAAUGGAUCCUCUGCUAGUGUACGUUCCUGCCAAUCAACGGGGACCCAUCCCUUUUGCUCCUGCUCCGUUGCCCAUUCCUGGAGAGCCGGCAACACCAGAUCCUCCACGUGCUCGAAUGCCUUGUACUCCAUGAACGAUGGUUUCCCCUCCUUCAGGAUCUUAAGCAGCAACUUUGGAAUGUACGGCUCCUCCCUGAACUGCUGAAUUGGCGUAAACAGGGCUUUGAAGUUGAAGACGAUGGCACGUGACUCGGGUAGGCGACGGAGAGUCUGCCAGUCGACACGUAGAUGGAUGUCAUCGAGCUUGAGAUCUGGUUGCUUUACGCGGAACAAUGGAUCAGUUUCCUGUAGAAAGAGCGGCUGGCCGAUCUCGAUUCCCCAAGAGCCUCGCUGGAUAGGCUUAUCCACGCGCAUAUUUGAGAAGAAUCUGCCGGAGGAUCAGUGAGAAUGUCCGCUUAGAUCACGACUGCCCGACAGCACCUGUUCAUCGAAAAGUCCAUCUUCUCCUUGUAGUCGGGGACAGGUUCGUGGAUCUGGGGCAGCGGCAUCCCAAUCUUGGUCGAGACGUUCCAUCCGACGGAGGAGCAUGACACGCCGGCACGAAAGACAUACAGCCCAGUGGACUUGUCCUCCAGGGUGAUCAAAAAGUCCUCCGGGAUGUGAUUCAGCAACACCACAAGGGGAGGCACCAGAUUCGUGUCCGACGCAGUGUGCAAGAUCCGGUUAUGGAAUACGCCGCGCGAGUCCAAGUGGAAUUGAUUCGGAUAUCGCGCGCAGACGAACUGGAUGACCAUCUCCAUGAGCUCGCGGCACGCAUGCUCCGAGCCGGGCAGCGCGUCGAUGAUCUUCUUCCCGUGCUGCCUGUACAGCUGGAUCCGCUGCGCGAUGCGCGUCCUGUACGUCGACUCGAGCUCGACCCACCUGUCGGGGUCCAUGCUCUUGAGGCCUGCGCAGGCCGCGUCAACGAGGGAUUCCCGCAACGCUAUCCGGGCGUGGCGAUUCACUCAUCGUCUGGUGGUACUCCCAGCGGAACGGCCGGUAGGGACGUGCCCCGGCCGUGUCCACAUCGAAGUCGGGCAGAGGUACCGGGCGGCGCACGCCGGUCAGCGCGAAGUAGUCCUUGCGCCGCCGGCGCGUCCUCACGGCUGCGCGGGCGAGUCCGAGGCACGCCGUCGCUACCAGCAGGGUGAGCAGCGCGUAUUCAGUGUUGGUUACAGGCAUGGGUUGGGCGCAGAUAGGGAGUUAUCGACAACGUGCACUGGGCAGUGACAGGGUUUCCGUCACUCGCUAGCUUCCUGGCUUCCGAGAUAGCAAGGACUUGUGAUGUGGAGUGAUCCGGAGGUUUCAUGCCGUGUGAACUCGAUGUAGAUGGUAUCUGGACCAGCCGAAAGCGCCGCGUUCCAUUGUGUAUGAUUUGGAUUGCAGUCUGGUCUGGGACGCACCUGUGGCUGUGCGCAAACUCUGGUGCUGCGGGCCGCCCUGCUCCGCUGAUCGCGGAGUGCACAGCCUCCCCCACGCUCAAGUUUUGCCAAGAGGCCCAUCCGGUUUUAAGGUAGCCGGACCCGCAAACUAUCCCCACAAAUAGCGGUCGUCGCAACUGUUCUUUUCUCUCUCAACAUCCACUGACCGCUCAGCACUGUGUCCAACAUGCCGUCGUCAAAACCCGUGUUUUCCACACCGCUGACCAAGCUGUUCAACGUCAACCACCCCGUCCUGCUCGCGGGCAUGAACGUCGCGGCCGGCCCCAAACUGGCAGCUGCAGUGACGAACUCAGGCAUGCGGGCUCGGGGUCAUCGGCGGAAUCCGGCAGAGCCCCAAGUUUCUUCGCAACUCUAUCGCGGAGAUCAAGUCGUUCCUCGAGGACAAGGACGCGCCGUUUGGCGUGGACCUGCUCAUCCCGCAGCUGGGCGGGAGCGCGCGGAAGACGAACAAGGACUACACCUCCGGUCAACUGUACCGGAGCUCAUCGAUGUGAUCAUCGAGGGCAAAGCUUCGUUGUUCGUCUGUGCGGUCGGCGUCCCGCCAAAGUGGGCUGUCGACAAACUGCACGCCGCGGGUAUCGUGGUGAUGAACAUGAUCGGGCACCCCAAACACGUCGCGAAAGCACUGGCGCAGGGCGUCGACAUCAUCUGCGCGCAGGGCGGCGAGGGCGGCGGCCACACGGGCGAGACGCCCUUCUCCAUCCUCAUCCCCGCCGUCGUCGACCUCUGCAAAGACGCGAAGAGCCCGCUCACCGGCGAGCCGAUCGUUGUCGUCGCUGCGGGCGGCGUCGCCGACGGCCGCGGGCUGGCCGCAGCCCUUGCGUACGGCGCGUCGGGUGUGUGGGUCGGCACGCGCUUCGUCGCGAGCGAGGAGGCCGGCGCGAACCCGCUGCACAAGGAGAUGGUGCUCUCCGCGGGCUACAACGACGUCGCGCGCACGGUCAUCUACAGCGGGCGGCCCAUGAACGUCCGGAAGACGCCCUACGUGGAGGAAUGGGAAACGAAGCGAAGAGCGGAGAUAGAGACACUGGUCGCAGAUGGGAUCAUCCCCCACGACGCAGAAGUCGACAAAAACCCCAAAGCGUUCAAGGACGGCAUGGGCUGGCUCAUGGGCAAGGUGGCUGGGAGCAUCAACGAUAUCAAGCCAGCCAAAGAGAUUGUCGACGAACUGGUGUCGACUGCCGCGCGAAGCCUGAGCGCCGCAAACGAUCUGAAAGCCAAGCUCUGACAGGAUCAUCUGUACAUUCAUAUAUACCGUGUCAGACAUACAUACUUACCCGGAAUAACAACGACACAGCUGCGGAAGCAUCAUCAUUUUUCAUUUAUCUAAA